GGGAGGGGGGUUGUCAUGUUCUGCGGAAGCUGGGAGGUGUACCGGUAUGUGUAAACAUACACCCAGGUGAUGUUCUGUGUGGCAUAGCAAAUCAAUAUAUGGGAGUAGAAAUUAUAAACAGUGCUUUUGCUUUAAAGCAGUUGUCUCUGGCGCAGUUCUUUUUAGUCGGUGUGUGUGAGAGAGACGUGUUAGAACGCCAUUUCGUUAUCUUUUCUUGGUAACUUUUGAACUAUUUUGCAGACCUGGUUAUUGGUUACUUUAAAGUAGCGAUGGAAGUCUACGGGUUAUCGUGUUUGCUGCUGUUCUGCGUGGUGGAGGUUUUUAGCAAACCGACGUACAAAAACGAACGGGUUCAUCUCGACCCAGAAUUGAGCAAAGAUCCUCAUGAAGACAACCAAAGCUACCGAUACGACCACGAGGCCUUCUUAGGAAAGGAAGAGGCCACGACUUUCGACCAGUUAACUGCAGAAGAAAGCAAGGAGAGACUUGGGAAAAUUUUUGAUAGGAUUGAUGGCGAUAAAGAUGGAUAUGUUACUACAGAUGAGCUGAAGAGCUGGAUUAACAGAGUACAGAAGCGCUACAUUUAUGAAAAUGUUGCUAAAGUUUGGACGGACUAUGAUUUAAACAAAGACAACAAGAUUUCUUGGGAUGAAUACAAAAAAGCCACCUAUGGUUAUUACCUUGCUAACCCGGAAGAGUUCCAGGAUGCGACAGACCAGUUCAGUUUCAAAAAGAUGCUCCCCCGUGAUGAAAGAAGAUUCAAAACUGCUGACCUCGACGGGGACGCGGCAGCCAGCCGGGAAGAAUUCACUGCCUUCCUGCACCCAGAGGAGUUUGAUCACAUGAAAGACAUUGUUGUUCUUGAAACCCUGGAAGACAUAGAUAAGAAUGGUGAUGGUCAUGUGGAUGAAGAUGAGUACAUUGCCGAUAUGUUUGCUCAUGAAGUAGAAGGACCGGAACCAGACUGGGUGAAAACCGAAAGAGAGCAGUUUGCAGACUUCCGGGACACCAAUAAGGAUGGAAAGAUGGACAAAGAGGAAAUUCGGCACUGGAUCCUUCCUCAGGACUAUGAUCAUGCACAGGCUGAAGCCAGACAUCUGGUCUAUGAAUCAGACUUGAACAAGGAUCAACUAUUGACCAAAGAAGAAGUCUUGGAAAACUGGAACAUGUUUGUUGGAAGCCAGGCAACUAAUUAUGGAGAAGACCUCACCAAAAACCAUGACGAGUUGUGAUCAGAAUUGCUGCGGAAUAGGCAGUCAUUUUCUUGCCAGAAACUUGUAUCAGAAAUUGAAAGAAAUGAAUGAAGCCACUGGUGCUUUUUAAACUAAGCGUUUUGCUUGAACAGUGACUGAAAUACCUGCACCAAUAUUGAAAGUCGAAUUGAGUGUGUUUUACCUCACUUUUUCAGGGGCGUGCUACCUUGUUGCCUGUUUGCACCAGCGACAGGGUUUUGCCUAACUUGUAUAUUUGUGUCUUGAGUGCUUCCAAGUUGUAGAACUUUGGCUGUGAAUUCUAUACAAGGUCAUUUUCCGCUGCUUCCAUUGUGCCUCCAUAAGUACAUGCAGAGAAUGAGUAUGUCCUGCAUUGCCAGAGUCUCUCUUGUUGGUCAGGCAUUUUUGCCAUUUGCCGUUUUUGGUUUCUGGACUUUACCCACUUUUUUCAUUAUUGCCGAUUAUUGAACAAAGUGUACAAGUACAGCAGAGGUAUUUACAGAACAAAUGUAGUGGAUGUUUAACUAGUAUUGUAAUAGCAGUGCUGGUGCCUGUCAAAAAACCAGUGGCUUCCAUUUUAUAAUUAAACAUUUUUAUGUCCAAUAUUUAGUUAUUGCCAACCUAAUUUUCUGCAGUUGGUGUCAAAUAUUUUGAUGGUUUUACACACUUCGGCACAACCUCAUUUGUUAGGAUUGUGUUUUUAAUAAUUAUGCUUUGUACAGUAUUUCAGGGUUGCAUGUGUAAAAGGAUUUCGUAGGUGUAUUUAAAUUGUCUUUUUUUUUAAAGUUUUUUUUGUGUUUUUUUUCUUUGACAGUGAAAUGUUAGUGAAUGGUUUUCAUGUGUUACUGCUUCACGUGUAACUCGUAUUAGCUAUUUCAUGAAGAUGUUCUAUAUAGGCACUUCUAUAACGUGUAGAAAACUUUAUCAGAAAACACUGUUCAGCAUUAAUCCACAACAGCGUUGACAUGCACACAAAAUGUAUUCUAAUUUUUUUCUUAUAAAGUGCUACAUUUUCACAA